AUGACCUUGGUAUUGGAUAAUAUGAUUCAACGAACUUAUCAACUACAUCCUUCUCAAUUUGGUUUAGUGCUAAGGCGGUUCAAAUCUAAGCAAACAAGAAAACAUCUUGCAAAAGUUCAGGAUGAUCCAUUUAAUAGACGGAAAGGAGAUUUUUACCGAUCACGGGCUGCAUUCAAGAUUCUAGAGAUCAAUGAUAGAUGUCGACUAUUUCACAAGAAUUGCAAAAAUAUAGUAGACUUGGGGUUUGCGCCUGGUGCUUGGACCCAAGUUGCCGUGGAGAAAUUGCAUGAACAAAAAAUUGAGGAUUUCAAGAUCUUGGGGAUUGACAUUAACGAAGCUGUACCGUAUAGAGGGUGUCAUUAUAUCCAGGGUGAUUUGUUGAAAAAGGAAACACAUGAAAAAAUCAAAGAAUUUUUCAAGUCCAAGGAUGGAUCACCGGAGCAAAUCGAUCUCAUCAUGAGUGAUAUGAUGGUAAACUGUACAGGACACGAACAUUAUGAUCAUUUGGGGAAUAUGGAACUUUGUGGAGCAGCAACAAUACUCUCGUUCGACACUUUGAAAACAGGUGGUAAUUUAGUGAUGAAAGUGUGGCAUGGCUCUGAAGAAAAAUUGCUAGAUUUGAGGAUGCGAAUAAUGUUUGAGAGAUUAGUGCGAAUGAAACCCGAAUCGAGUCGGUCAGAGUCAAGCGAGUUGUUCUAUGUUGGGUUGAGGAAACGAGAUUUACAAAAAUUAGGUAUUACUUUACCCGACCUAUUCAAUACACAAGAGGAACUUGAAUUGUUAUUGAAGCGCUUGUAA